UGGGAGGGAAGUGGGAGAGGAGGAGAGAAAGAGAGCGCAGAGUGAAACCACACCUUAUUCCAAGGAGGGCGGGACACAGGCAGCCACACACAAGCGGCUAUUACAGGAAUAGUGACUGUGCAGGAGGGUGCAGGGCAAAUAUUUUGUGCAGCGGUGUGUUUGUUAUAGAGUCAGUGUAUGUGUGUGUCCUCAACAUGGGUUGUCGCUUGGCUCACACCUGCACGUUAUACUCUCUGCGAUCGCAAGCCAAUAAUUAAUGUCACUCACCGCAGGGCAGGCUCGGCACACUGCACUGACAUAAGGCUCCUUGGAGAUAGAGGAAUGCAAAUCUGCAACCAUGAUGGAAGGAUUGAAAAAACGUACCAGGAAGGCCUUUGGGAUACGGAAGAAAGAGAAGGACAAUGACUCCACGGGGUCCCCAGACAGAGACAGCGGCGAACCCCAAGAGGUUGAAUCGUCUCAGAAGAAGACCAACGGGGCCCCUAAUGGCUUCUACGAAGAUAUCGACUGGGACAGAUAUAACUCUCCUGAGGUGGAUGAUGAAGGAUACAGCCUCAGACCUGAUGAGGAGUCAGAAGAGGGAGCGCCUACCAUUAAAAAGCCUCACUUCUUUUCCUCUGAUGAGUCGGAAGGAGAGGAGGACCACAGGAAAAAAUUCAAAAUCAAGAUCAAGCCACUGCCGGCCAAUCGUGUAGCGUCGGUGCCCUCGGUCGACGAGCUCAAAGCCUCCAUAGGCAACAUAGCUCUGUCCCCAACUCCUAUGAUGAGUCCGAGACGUAGCCCGGGUUUGAAAAGAAACACAUCCACUGAGGAGAUUGCAAGACCGAGACGUGUUGUCCCUACUUUACCCAUCGUGGCCCCCACACCAGCUCCUGCACCACAACCCCCCAGCAGUCAACAAACACCCGUCUCUGAAGACACCACAGCCUUAUUUGGGCCUCCUUUGGAACCAGCCUUUGGAGAACCGAAAACUGAAGUGGGUCUGUCCGAGUCCGAUGCGUGGGGGACUCCUCUGUCAGAGCCUGAAUCCUCUUUGACAAGAUCCUUUCCCACAGGAACUCCACCUCCACUUCCUCCCAAGAAUGUCCCGACCUCUGCCCCGUCGACUAGCCCUGCGUCUGCAGAUGACGCCGAAGUGUCAUCAGAAGCACACGGUUCCACCAGGAAGCCCUCAAUAGCUGACUUGGACAACAUUUUUGGACCAGAGCAGUCUCCCCCUGCUGGCGAGGAUACAGGUGACACGUGGGUCUGCUUUAGUGCAGAAUCUAGUGACAGGCCGCCUCUACCGGAAGAACCAGCACGUCCUCUACCAGCCUCCCCACCUCCACCUGAAUCUCCUGCCCCUCCCUUACCUACAUCACCACCUCCUCCAGAAGACCCUGCACCACCUCUCCCAACUACCCCUUCCCCAAAAGACGAAGCUGUGCCGCCUCUCCCAACCUCCCCGCCUCUCUCAGAGGAGCCCACUGCUCCAACUGUCCCCUCAGGUCCUCCUUCACCCGAGGACCGAAAACCUCCCGCAGUUGCCACCUCUCCACCCCCUGCACCACCGAAUGAGCUUUCCUCCCCGCCCACUUCCUCUCCCCCUCCUCUGGACUCACCUGUGAGCGUCCCACCAGCCCCUGCUCCCAAAGCAAGAACCCCUCCAGCGGGGUCUCCUCCUGCUGAGGGACCUGCUGCAUGCUCGGUCCCACCGUCGCUUGUCCUGUCUCAAGAGGAGCAGUCCAAGAACAUAGACGUCACCCAACCCAAAGAGGACGGAGGUGAAACUGUCACCUCGCCCAACGAUGCUAGCCAGGGGAGUCGGAGUACGCCUCCCCCACCUCCUCCCCCUACAUAUCGGGCAGUGGUGUCAUCACCGGGUCCUACAUCUGGAGCUGGUGGCACAAAUAGCGGUUCCUCCUCUCCUGUGCGACCUGCCACUCCUUCGUCAGUCAACCCCACCCCACCUCCACCUCCACCUCGCCCUUCUUCAAGGCCCAAGCUUCCUCCAGGGAAACCCACUAUAGGAGAUGCAAAUCGUCCGUUCAGCCCGCCGGUCCACUCUGCGAGCCCCCCUCCCAUCGCCCCGUUAGCGCGGGCCGAGAGCACCUCCUCCAUCUCCUCCACCAACUCCAUGAGUGCCGCCACCACCCCCACCGUCAGUAAAGAGCUCUCCGUGUCCGUGUCAGAGAAUGACCAGCCAUCCCUUGUAUGGUUUGACAGAGGGAAGUUUUAUUUAACCUUCGAAGGCUGCUCCAGAGGGCCCAGUCCUCUCACCAUGGGGGCUCAGGACACUCUUCCUGUGGCCGCUGCGUUCACAGAGACUGUCAACGCCUUCUUUAAAGGAGCUGACCCCAGCAAGUGUGUUGUGAAGAUCAUAGGUGAGAUGGUUUUGUCGUUUCCGGCGGGAAUCACGCGGCACUUUGCCAAUAACCCGUCCCCCGCCGUGCUAACCUUCAGCAUAACCAACUACAGCCGACUGGAGCAUGUGCUGCCUAACCCCCAGCUCCUCUGCUGCGACACCACCACUCAAGCUAAGGCUGAUGCCAAGGACUUCUGGGUGAACAUGCCAAACCUGAUAUCCCAUUUAAAGAAGGUGGCAGAGCAGAAGCCACAGGCGACAUACUACAACGUGGACAUGCUCAAGUAUCAGGUAUCGACGGAGGGGCUUCAGUCGAUUCCUCUGAAUCUAGCGGUGAGCUGGAGAUGUGAGCCCACCAGCACUGACCUGAGGAUAGACUACAAAUACAACGGGGAAACCAUGACGACGGCGAUGGCCCUCAACAACGUCCAGUUCCUCGUCCCUGUCGAUGGAGGGGUUUCAAAACUACAGGCUGUUUUACCUCCUGCUGCAUGGAAUGCAGAGCAGCAAAGAAUCCUUUGGAAAAUUCCUGAAAUCUCACAGAAAUCUGAAAACGGAGGUGUGGGAUCGUUGUUGGCACGCUUUCAGCUAACAGAAGGCCCCAGUAAACCGGCUCCACUGGCGGUGCAGUUCACCAGUGAGGGCAGCAUCCUGUCGGGCUGUGACAUUGAACUGGCUGGGCCAGGAUACCGCUUCUCUCUUGUCAAGAAGAGGUUUGCCGCAGGAAAAUACCUGGCCGACAACUAACCCACGCCACUGACAACAGCACUGUUGAACAAAACAAUGGAAGUGGACGGAGGUUGACACCGAGGACGGAGGACGGAGGACAAACCGACACCAGACGACAGACUUUCCAUUGACCUUUUCUGAACCCACAGGACCGGUCCGCAGCCUACCCAGCAGUAUUGUAUAACUUGCAUAUAGCAUCGUGAAAACUGUUUUAGGUCAUGUAAUUAUCGUAUUUGUAUUAAUUUCAUAACAUCUGUAUUGCUGCAGUAAGACACCUGGGUUCUUCCUCCCUCUGAAGUCUGUGCCUCUGUCUCCAUCCUCCUCCGGUCAAUGUGUGGUUGUGUUGUUUUUAAGUUUCACUGCAGCUGCCUGACAGAUGAGUUUUGGCCAGAUUUGAACUCUGGGCGACGAGCUGUUUGUUGUCAAGAGUCCAGAAAGAUUUGGCUCUUUAUAAAAUACCCUUGAAUAAGAUCUUUGCAUUCAGGGACACACUUCAGCCUCUGGCACAAAGUCUAACUUCACAGAGUUAGACUUGCUUAAGUUGAUGCAAGGCCCAAGACGAUAGAGAGAAAGUUAUACACCUUCUUUAGCAGAUAGAAAAAUAGGCUCCUUAAAUAUUUCUCCUGUCCGAGUCUGAGCUCGAAGCCUGAGACAGCUGUCCUCACUGUCUCGCACUGACAGCGGCCAUUUGGCCAGCAAGUAAAUGCAUUUACCGAUGCAUUUUGACACGUUGUCACAAGCAGUUCGAUGAAAGAAAAAUGUUUCUUGUCGAUGCUUGAAACACAGAAUCAAGUCAGUACAAAAACAAAACUAGAUUUUCAUGCAUCACCUACUGGUACUACAGGGUCACAUGACUUUGGAUCACAUCGUUUUUUAAUAUAAAUGCACUGGUCAGUCAAUCAAACUGUUAAUUUAGUUUCUCUGGAACGCAGACGUGGAGGAGUUUUUAGCUAGUUAGGCAGCUGCAAUGAUCAAUCACUUUACUGGUUGCAAAAUAAGAAAAAAAAUCUGUAUUCCCGUCAGAACAAAAGAUGUGUACAAAGUGUCAUUUUAAAUCAAUAAUAUAUAUCUUAAAGGGCGUUUGGUGUUUUCCUCGUAUUGUCAGAUAGCCUUUCUGUUGUUCCCAGGGCAGCAGUGAUAGACUCCAGAGUACAUGACAGCAUUCUAUUUUUAUUUAUUGAUGACGAUGAUUUGUUGUAUAAAACAUGUGAUUCUGUAUACAAAUAGAAGUUGAAUGGUAUCACACGACUCAGAACCCUUGAAGGUAUAAAUAUUUGAAUUCUCUCUUUUUUUGUUAUCUGUGUAGUUGGGUAACCUGUGUACAGUAUAAGGUAUAAUUUUUGAAUUUAUUUGAGAUAUAAUUUUUUAACUCUAUAUAUGGGUGAGGGGGGGUAAUUUAAAGAAAAAGAUAAAUAUCUUCCUGGAUGCUGUGUUAUGCUUUGUGAAAGCAGUGUUAAUGUAGAGUUUGUUAUCCCACGGGCGAGGUCCACCCUUUAAAGAGUUAGUUUGACAUUUGGGGAAAUAUUCGCUUUCUUUUUUCGAGAGUUAGAGGAGAUGAUCAAUACCACUCUUAUAUGUGUUUGUUCAACAUGAGGCUGGAGCCAGGAGACGGUUAGCUGAAAGCAUAAAGACUGGAAGCAGCUAUCCUGGUUUUACAGGGGGUUAAUGUGAUGUAAAAUGUUUGAUUUUAACUUUGGAGCUUCAAUAACCUUUUUUUAGCGCCACCAUCAGGUCAAAUAUUAAGUGUCCAAUAUUUUAGCUUAUGACUGCAAAACUAAUGGCAUUUCCAUCAGCCUCAGCUGUACUUUGUAUUUAGUGCUAGUUUGCAAAUGGUAGCAUGCUAACAUGCUAAGAUGGAGGACAUGGUGGAUAGUAUAGCUGCUAAACAUCAGCAUGUUAGCAUCGUAAUUGUGAGAAGGAGAAAGUUAGCAUUUAGCUCAAGCUAGCGUGACUGUAGACUGGGUGGUUUACUUAACUGUUUCUUCCUGUGUCCAGUCUCUAUGCUAAGCUAAGCUAACCGUCUCCUCGCUCCAGCUUAACAUUUAACAUUCUCGUAUUUCCCAAAUUGGUUAACAUUUUUUACAAGGUCCAGAAAAUGACAACAAAAGAAUCAGUUUUCCUCAACAGCAGUGAUGACGUGGUACCACUACUGGAACAGGAUUUGUAUACUGGGACCAGCUUGUUUGUGUUUUUAUUAUUCAGACCUCAACAGAAAACGGUCUUGUAUUAAUCCAACAUUCUCAGUUCCUUACCAUCUACCUAUUCAUUUAUUCCUUAACUUCGAUCACAUGUCUGACCUGUUUCCAUUCACCUCAGUGGAACCCAAACUCCCUGAUUAUAACAUGAGCACACCUCUGAUCAUCCAACCAGCGCUUAAAUCCAUGGCUUUAUUUUGCAUAAUCGUAAUGGUCUCUGUGAGAUGACAUGAGUUGAAUGAGGUUGUGGAGCGAGGUUAAGUUGACCAAAAUGCUUUUUCGUUUUGUAUUUUAUGUGUGUGUACCCCGGACAGUCAGUCCUCUUGAGGAGAAUAAGCUGAAUAUUUUUAAAACGGAUAAAAAUGAAAAAAUAUUAUAUUGUUUAAUGUGUAAUAAACAGUGUUGAUGAUGUUGAACUUCCUGAAUGCUCUGACACUCAACUCAAUGAACAAAAAGUGUGUGUGAAGUGUAGCCGAAGAUCUCCGUACAGUACUGUAUGUCGGCAUCCAGCUAAAUGCAACCAAUCAUGGUCCUUUCAGAGCUGUCGUAGAAGCAUGUUAGACUAAAUUUAGAACAAGAGGACUAUUAGCAACAUGUCAAUGCUCCUACUAAAUGAUAGAGUACUUUUGAUCGGACAUAGUUUUAAAUGUAUGUAGUUAUUUGGCUAAUAAAAAGUUCAGAUUUAAGCUGUGCCGUUAAAAUAAAGGUCUUGUUUUAAUCCUGUUCGGACUCUAAAAGAGCAUUGUGGAUUUUUCUGAGGUAGCAUUUUAAUUCCUCAAUGCAAGGUGAUGAUGAUUGGUGCCAUUUAGCUUCCACAUUAGUUUGGUAACAUGUUUCUCUCAGUCAUGUCCUUCAUCUAGUCGACUGGAUGGAUCAACAUGCCUGACAGGAAGCUGUAACCUUCUGGGUGAAUAUUGAACCUAUCGGUGCAACAGUCACUACAGCAUUAUCUACAGAGACCCGCCACACACAUCCCCCAUCAUGCAUCUGUUUUAAAUUACCACUACAGGUUACAUGUCUUUCAGCUUGAAAGUCAUGUUGCAGUACUAAACUCACUCUCAGUCGGUUAGUUGCCAGAUAAUUAUUUGGUUAUACAAUGGAACAAUCUUUUCCAGAUCUUCAUCUCUGUGGUGAUUUUGUCCUGCAGUAAUUCAUUAUUGCAUGCAUAGCAUGCAGUAAAAGGUGGGGCAUCUAUGAUGAUAGAUAGUACUGAAAUGACGUGUGCUGAGUGUCAGUUACCUGUAUUAAUGUUGAGAAGUGAACAGGGAGUGUGUUUAUGUGUGCUAUAAGCCAGAAUGCUUUUUGGUUCUGUACCGUUAACCUCAAACACAUGUGCAAGCUGUUUGUACAGUACAUAACAAUGCUAAGAUGAACUGAGAAACUUAGUUUGCUUCUUUCCCAAAAACCAUAAAAGUUUAUAACUGGA